AUGACAGGAGUGUUAGAUAAAGCUUUGUUGGAUUUGUCUUUGGAGGAAGAUGAUGAGCCGUAUGUGAUGCCUGACAGACCGGAGUAUUACGCAACGGACCGUAACUCUAUGAGCCUCAUCGGAAGGCUCCUAAACCCCCAGUGCCAAAAAAUGUCAGAUCUGAUACUGGAUAUGCCUCGCAAAUGGCAACUGUACGAUAGGGUUAAAGGUGUGGCGCUGUCAAAGGAUAGAUUUCAGUUCAUAUUCAAAUAUGAAAGAGACCUGCUUGAUGUGCUCAACAGGGGUCCGCACACUAGCAACAUGUGGUCGAUUGUCCUGGAGCGAUGGGUGGAGAAACCACCGGAAGACUACCUUCAGUACUUGUAUGUAUGGGUCCAGAUGAGAAAUGUUCCUGUAAAUCACUAUACUCCUGGGGCUAUUCAUGAUCUUGGUAGGUUUGCGGGAGAGGUUGUUGAUGUGCCUUUUGAUCCCGAGAAGGCGCAAACCAAAGAUUAUGUUCGAGUUAAAGUGAAGUUUGACGUAUCUAGGCCACUUAGGAGAGCGAAGAAAGUUACUACACCAGGGGGAGAGGACGUCAACAUCCUUUAUGAUUAUGAGAGGAUCCAAAAGAGGUGUUACACUUGCCAGAGGUUAACACAUGAGCAAUCAAAGUGCCCUAUUGAGAGGGCUGCGAAAAACCAAGACAUUGGGGCUUCUCAGCAAAAGAUGCAAGUUAUCCUACCGAGCAUCGAUACCAAUGAUCCGCUUUUCGGUCUAGUUCCUCCUAAACUCCUGGGUGCAGAUCCCCUCACUGGCAAACCUAAAAUUGCUGAGGAAGUGCUAGAAGAUAUGCGAAUCUACAUCAAGACGGCGAAUGGUCCGGAGAAGCUGGCGAGGGCAGAAAGAGUUAAAAGUUCGCUGCGUGAAUUACAAGAUGAUGUGUUGGGUCAAAAGGCGUUCCUAAGCUUACAACCUUUGCCAGUUGUUUCUGAUGACCUCGACAAAGGGAAAGGGAUUGUUUUCGACUUCUCAGCCAAAUCUGAUAAAAUACCACCAGGAGAGAAGCUAAUGGCUGGAGCUAUUUCCGCGGGUAACAGAGUGUUACAGUCAGGCAAGAUCCUUAGCCAACCAUUGAGACUGGAAGGGUGUGCGGAUUCUGCUCGACCUGCGUCUUUACAGGAAAGUUCAACGGGUUAUAGCAUUGGUUUUCAUGAAACCUCUGCUUCCGGGACUUCCCUCAAAAGGACUUACAAGAGAAGAAGACCUGGUACGUUUACAAGAAAAGCUAAUGGGAAAGGUCUUGCGAAGCAAUCAUCCACACCAGGGAAGAAAGUAGGAGAAGGUGUGAUGUCUGAGACAAAGAGGAAAGCUAAUGACGAUGUCGAGCCAUCUCAAAGCUCUGCAAGGUUUAAGAAACCAUUGGUGGUCCCAAAUGAGGGACCGUCCAACAUCUAA